AUGCGGCUCAGUUCCAUUGUGUCGCCAGCACAGCUCCCGACAUUGGUGCUGCUAAUUGCUUUAGCUAGAGUGGCUUUGGCAAUUAGAGAUGAAACUAUGGGGAGCCAGCUGGAAGAAGGUGUGCAGCACUCACCCAAGAAGAUACUUCAUGCGCAUCCUGAACCAAAUCAUUCCGCGCAGUCUGGGAUGAGCAUGGCGCAGACUGCCGAGGGCCCAAAUGCCCACUUUGUGCCUGUGAACCCCGUAGCCAUGACGGUAGCGGUUGCUGAGACCGGAAUAUUGACAACUGUGGAAGCACAAGUUCGAUUUAAAGGAGGUGGAACUUGUCUCGAAUCACUGACCAUCCCACCAACUCCUGGCGUUCAAUUGAAGCCCGACUGGCUUUUUGGGGUUGGCUGCAAGCUGGACAAGGGCGCGUUUUGCAAGUGUCCCUGGGCUCCGAUCUAUGGCUGUCAAACGUCUGGUAUGUUCGGUCUGCCAGGUGGAAUAACCACAGACAUCAUCCAAAGGAUGGGCUUUUGCCGACUCGAGCCAUGGGUGGUGAUUUUCCCCUCGGUUGCUUUGGUUGGAGGCAUCAUCUACUUCAUGCCAAGCUCUCGAAGAGCAGAACCUUCCGGAUCGUCAGGAAGCCCGCGAAAGUCUGACAAGUCUGAGGACUCUGAAAGCUAG